AGUAUAGUCUGUAUCAUAUAGCAUCAGAUAAUAAAAUAUAAUAACAAUACAACUAAAUGAAUGAGAGUCCUUGAACGUCAUCUGUUUGCGUCUGAUUUAGCCUUACUUCCUUCACAAAAGUGAAAGUAUAGGCGAAGUUAUUUCCAAGAUCACCUUGGCGAGUGCAGCGUUUGUCGAUCUGACAAAUAGGCUUAGAUCUUUGUUUUAAUCCUUCAUAAAGAGUGAAAGCAUCUCGGUGAGAUCUUUAGCAUCAUCUCUUUAUCGCAGCGACCGCGAUGGACUUAAUGCUUCUGGUUGGGCCGUUUAUUCUCGCUGUCUACAGCGUCACCGGACGGUCUGUUGGGAUUAUUUCCCAAAAAACAGUUAAAGUCGUAGCCGGACAUGACGCCAUUCUGCCAUGCCACCUGAAGCCCCCAUUCAAUGAGACCACUUUGAUGGUGCAGUGGAAACGUGAUGGGAAACAAGUUCACUUAUAUCGAAGUAAGGCUGACAGUCUGGAUGAUCAGGACAAGAACUUCAGAAAAAGGACAUCUCUCUUCCGGGAUAAAAUGGACAAAGGAAACUGUUCACUAAAACUGACCAACGUAACUGAAGAGGAUGCUGGAAAUUACACCUGCCAUGUUCGUUUUAAAAACGAAUCCGGCUCAAAUAAAGUCAGUGUAUACAACGUUACCCUCAUUGUUGACACAGAGUCAAAGCAAAAGCCAGAUCCAAACAUAAGUGGCGAAAACCCGGUACCAGUUAUUGGCAUAUUAGGAGCUAUAUUUGUUGGUUUAUUUGUGAUUGCUGCUGUCAUUGUCUGUGUCAAAUGGAAGCCAUGUGGAAACAACAAGCCAGAGCCAGAGCCAAAAACAGAUAACGGUACGACUGGAAAACGAUCCCGGGGAGGACGCAGAAGGCGAAGAAACAACAAAAACAGUACUUCUGACAACAUGCAAAGCACCAGUGAAGCUAGUCCUUGAGUAUAACUACUACCAAAAAAAAAGAAAGUAUAUUCUAUUGAAAUAAUACAAUCAAACACAGAGUGUAGUGGCAAUCUGACCACAAAAAAGGCCACUGGAAGGAAUUUGAAACCAUUUCCAACGCUUGCUGGUGCUAAUAAUGAGGUCCGUCAUCGUCUUAAGGUUAAUCCUUUAUUUUAUAAAUGCAUUUAAAAACGCCUACAAAAGGACUGACUGUGCAAGAUUAACAACGAGAGAUCUAAAAACAUCACUCGCACACAGCGGAGGUUGAAAAACUGUGUAGCCUCCCAGAUCCUAAUUCCUCCAUCUCCUUCUCACCUGUGAUUCCCUUUCUAACCUCUGAUUGGCACACAUACACACAGGUACGCAGGUGAUGUAGCGAACAAACCAUUCACACAAACCUACCACACACACACACACACACACACACACACACACACACACGUCUAAAUUGGCUACAACACAGAGCAUUUCACUAAUUUUUGUGAUGAACACUAAAUGGCAUUGUUGGAAAUGGGUUGGGAACCACUGCUCUAAUUAAGUAAUUUCACUCAAUUAGGCGCACAGCUCCCUGGUAAACUAUUAUUCUGGUGUCAGCAUUUCUCUCUUAAAAAGCUACAUAAGAGUUAAAGCCUCUGAACACAGGUGUUUUCAGAUAUUCUGGCUGAUUAAACUCUGCUAAGGUUGAAGGUGGGCCAGAGAUUUGAUGGGAACUUAUUAGGUGAUAAAUUCUUCGGCCCUAACAGGUGCAACAGCACUAACAGGGGACUCAGGAAGAUGUCAGUCGCUCAGUCUAACCACACCCACACAGUCCUGGGAAGAAGCCCAGACCCUUCCAUUUCCCUUCGUUUGUGCCCUUCGCUUACACGCAAAACGGCGAUUUCGCCGCUCGUUAAUUCGAGAUUUUUGAGAUCUUCGUUUGCACGUUUGCGUGUAAACGGAGACAAACGGAGGUUUAGGCGGCCGAGAGAG